CCGGCAAGGAUUAAACGAUUACUAUACUGCUAACUGAAACCUUCCCGUAAUCCCAUUGGCUGUCUUCAUUGACCAAUAGAAAAUUGCGUGCACUGAAUAGAAAGCGGGUUAAGGCAAGCUAGUAAUCCUAUUGGCUACCCUAAUUGACCAAUAGAAAAGUGCGUGCAUGGAGCCCAAUGUUGAUAGGACGUCCAAGUGUCAACAAUACUAAACAUCAUUCUGUAAUAGCUUAUAGAACAACGAACAAGUUCAUCAUCUACUCCAAACAAGCAAUAAUUAUCUUUUAUUGAGUUUAUAUCAAGCUCAUUAUCAGAAUGACCGAUUUCAUCAUGACUGCUCAUGCUUCAUCGAAUGGGGUUCCUUGCAAACGCCCUCGUCGUCGACGUCCAACCGUCUUCAACGAUUUACAGCUGAGGAUUCUGGAGACAGUGUUCAACGACAACCAGUAUCCUGAUAUCACGACUAGAGAACAUCUGGCUUCAAGUCUGCAGCUUCAAGAAGACAGAAUUAUGGUCUGGUUUCAGAACCGUCGUGCACGUGUCCGUCGAGCCUCUCUUGUUUCAUGCUCUGCUCACCAACCAGUCAUUGAGAAAGACGUCGACAACUCCCGCCUUCAACCAUCUAACGAAGUCGACUUAUCGUUCGUAAGACGUAAGCGGAAGACACCGUGCGACGUCGAUGAGGUCAACCAGACGACACCUCCUACAAAGAAGUUGGGCGUCGUGUCAUCCAAGUUCUCUGUCGACUUUCUCGCUGAAAGCAGUCGAUCGACGUCAGAGUCAACGACAGUUUCAUCGGACCCACAUCUUCAAUGUCAUGGCGUCACUCAGCUCCACCGCACGACAUCGCGUGAUUCAACGAAAGGCGCCACCAGUCCAUUGAUGUCAGUAGACUUUCUCUCUCGUAGCAGUCGCUCUCCUUCUCCCUCUCGCGCUGAGUAUCUUCACCGAACACCGUCUUUAUUCUACACACCGAUGAGUUAUCAUCCGUAUGUCUUCUGCAUCAACUUCUAGGCACUGACUGAAUGAACCCACGAACUCUCAAAACAGAAAGAAAUGUUUAAUUGCUGUUAUAAUUCUUGCCAAUUGCAGUAAUGUUGACCAUGUUAAUGCUCAUUUGUCCUUAAUGUAAUAUUUUGCCGCACUAUUGACAUGAAUAGCAUUGGUCGAAUAAAAUGUUUAAAUUCAACUGUGAAAUAUAUCUUGUUAUUGUUUUAUAUUUGAAAGGUUAGAAAGAGUCAAAUGAUUGAUGAAGUUUAUUUGUUUUUCAUGAAGGGAGCAUGCGAGUCCUAACGAUAUACCUACAAUGUCGAAUCCUCUUUCCCUUAAUUUUCUUCUCAUGCACCUAUUUUUAAUACAUCAAUGAAUAUCUCCCAAUAAUUGUGUUUUGCCGUGAAAGAGUUUAGUCGGAAAGGCCACCUAAUUACCAAAAAUUGAAAGAAAGAGAGGGAAAGAGGCU